AUGCAACAAAGUAGCAACACACAAGAGGAACAAGAAUUUGUGGAUGUCUUUCCUCCACCACCGACAUUUUACAAAUUAUAUCAUCCCACAAAGAGUGAAUAUAUAGCUCCGGAGCCUCCAAAACCUUUAAAGAAGGGACAGACCUAUCAAUCUUUUGGGGAGACUCUCACAGCGAUUCCCUAUUUUAAUCCAAUCCCACCUGGGUAUGAGGUUGUGAAAAAGCUUUAUGGUGCUGAUCGAUCCAUUGACACCAUAGAUCAUGUGGCAGAAUUGAAAAAAUUAAAUCGAUCUCUGCUGUAUAACUUUUUAGAGUUGUUGGAUCUUCUUGUGGAGCAUCCGACACUUCAAGUGAAUGAAACUGAGGAGUUGUCCACUGUAACGAAUUUUGAUCCGUCCAAAGCUUCUGCAAAGUAUUGCUGGGAGUUGAAGUUAAAUCAAAUCGAAUUAAUUUUCAUCAACAUGUCAUUUAUAUUAAAUUAUUACAGGCCUCAUCAAGCGAGAGAGCAAAUGAUCACAAUUCUUCAAAACCAACUCAAGAGACGAAGGGAGGUAACAGAAAGUGUUGGAGAUUGCAUUCAAUAUUGUUACAAAAUCUUGAAAGAGGCACAUAAUACAUUAACGAGCAUCAAUUUGGAAGAAUUAGAAUUUUUGAAAACUGUUGGAAGCGAGCCAGCAUCAUCUGCAUUGUUAGAAAGUGAUUCUUCUAUUGCUGAUUUUUAUGUUGAAAAAUCAUCAGCAAUGAAAAGAAAACGUGAAGAAGAAGAGCAAACAAGACCUCUCGAAUCUUCUCUUUUCACGAAUGGAUUUAACAAUACAGACUACAUCAAGAAAACUAGAGACACUAAUUCAACAGAUCUUGUAAAUGUAGAGCUAGGAGAGGAUGUUAUGAAGGAAUUUUUUCAGUAA